UCUGCAAAAUGUUUACAAACCCAACCACAACCUCAACAGUUCUUGAAUAACCUAGCAAUUAACUCGAGAUAUCUGUUUUAAUACCAAUAAAAUUGUGAUUUGAUUUGAAAAAUGCAACAAAACUAUCUUGAUAAACCACUUGAGGUAAAUCCCGAGAACCCAGGCCGGGAAAUCACCUGGUAUCGCAGAGAACAUAACAAAUUGACACCAUCAAAUGACAUCACAGAUUGCACUUUUAUAAUCAACGGCGAUGAAAUCAGAGUCCAUAAAGUCAUCCUAAUUUGGCACAGUCCUGUUUUUAAGAAAAUGUUUUCAGGAGAGAUGGCUUCUGAUACGAUUGGUAUAACUGAUAUUGACGUUGAGGAUUUCACCCAAAUGUUAGAAUUUCUUUAUAGGAAAACUGUCGCAAUUAAGUCAGUAUUACACGCCUGGUCAUUGUUUUAUAUCGCUCAUAAGUAUUUGUUAGAUAGUUUUGGUACUUCCUGUACCAGAUUUAUUGAGGAAAAUCUUGAUAUUACGAAUUUAAUGUUGAGUUAUGAAUAUGCGGAAAUGUACGGUCAUGUGCAAUUACAAAAACUUUGUUUGGAAGAUGUAGAAAGUUACAUUAGGGGAUUUUUUUUGGAAGAUUAUGAUUAUCAUAUGAAACCCACAAGUCUUGCUACAAUCUUGAAAAGACAGGUUUUGAAUAUUUUAAACAAUAAUGAACUUAUUUUGGGAGUUUUAAACUGGGCUGUUGUUGAAUGUGAUGUGAAAAAUAUUAGUUUAUCACCUGAAAAUAUUGUAGCUUUGUUAGAAUCGUCACAAAUUCUUCAGUAUUUAACCGAUUUGGAAUUUAGUACUGAUUCCAGUCAAAAUAACUUAAUUGCCAGCUGUUGUAGAUUAAUAAAAUUAAAAAACAUUAAACCUUAUAGAAAGUAUUCACAAAAACGCUCAAGUUUUCAUUGCAAAUGUAGAGAUACAUACAAGAUUGCUACUAGAGUAGAAUUAAGGGACAAAGUUUACCUAUAUUCACACAUUAAUGUCAAUAGAGACACUUUACUCUAUGGUUUAGUAUUAGUAACAGAAGAUAGACCCAUAAAUGAUAUGAAUAAUGAGUACAAGGGUGAGAUUUUUGUACACAUAAAUGAGUAUCAGAAUCCUGUGAUUAUUUCUGAAACCAAAUUUUGUGAUAUUAUGCGUUAUGAAGACCUGGUUUAUGUUCCUUUAUCUAAUGUUAUUUAUUUAGAAUCGGACAAAAUCUAUACGAUUAGACUCGAGUAUAAAAAUGUAGAUAGGUGGUAUUCAGGUAACAAAUUUGGCUCAGUUGUUUGUAAUUAUAUGAGCAGUAAAUUAGUGGAUAAAAAAAAGAAAACCAUAUUUUUGUUCAGGGAAUUGUCUGGAUCUGUUUUGAAGGGACUCUCGUUUUAUCCAGUCUAGACCGUAUUUAUUUGAAUCAAAAAUGUAAAACGAGCCAUACCUAAUUUAUUAUAAAUAAUUUCAUCAUUUAUUUUGCGCGAAAACUUUUGGUUUGUAUAUUAACAGUUGAAAGAUGGUGAAUUUUGUAUCAGAUCUCGAAUAGGACUACAACACCUGAUUUUUUUAUUAAUAAAAAUAAAGUAACCACAAUUGACUUAGAAAGAUUGCUUAUUUUUUAGUUCAUUCAAAGAUUUUUCAAUAAAUGUUUAAUUUUAAAUUAUACUUAAUUAAUAGGUAUUUUAUAAAAAGAAAUCUUUUUUGGGUUAAGGGAGUUUAGAGAUCUGCUUUAAGUGGACUCUUGUUUUUCACAGGUUUUAAAAUUAAAAUUAAAAAAUUAAAUGCUUCAAUAAUAAUUUUCUUGUAUAGAUUUGUUAUAGAAUCACAAAGAAAAUUAAAAUGUAUUUAAAUUUUACUAUUUAUGUACUUGCCUUCUACCUGGGUCUUGUUUGGCGAUAUUGUAAUAAAAAAAUACAAAAAAAUGUAGAUGAAAUAAUUCAGUGUAGUCUCUGUUAAUAAAGUGUUUUCUAUAAUU